AUUCACUGUUGCUACAUCCCUUGUUGGUGAAACACGUGCCGAUAGUCUUUCAAAUUAUAAACUGUAUCUCUUAACAAAGACGUUAUGAUGUUUGCAUCCUGCUAAAAUCCACAAUAUCCCAGCAAAUCAUUCCAUAGGGCGUCCUUCUCAUUUUCAUACCAAGCACAUUUCUCUUAUCUUCCCUUUCUUUCCAGAAUACAGUGCAGGAUUUUUUUGGGUCAUGUUUCUCCCUGACAACUAUCUCUUAUCAGCAUCAGUGCAACAGAGAAGUGGCCGCUAUAAAGGGACCAGCAAAAACUUGGGGGGCAGGCAUUCCGCUAAAAGACAACAAUGGAGAAAGCAUCAAAGUUCGUCCUCUCCGCGUGGUUCAUCGUCAUGACAGCAAGCUGCACCGAGGGUCAAACAGUAACAGCGUGCCCUUCCUGUACAAGUGACUCAAGCUUGACCCAACGAGAUAUUUCCAGCCCACCUCCAGCGAUCGCAUCCACGACCGGCCGCUCUUCUACUCUUGGAAACGACGGCCGCGCCGAAGCGUCGACCACAAGAUCGCAUCUCCCAUCAUCCACCUCGGUCUCCACCACAGAUGUCAACCCGGCAUCAAGUCAACCCACAGAACCCUCCGGAACCACUCGGAGCCCUGGAGAGGCACCUUCCACCUCCGAGUCUUCCCCAAGUGGGACCAACUCUCCCAGAACCUCAGCCACAACAUUAAAAGCAGGGACGUGUUCGUUGUUUCGGUCCUGUAGUCCAAUGCUGGUGUCUGUCAUUUCCAUUGUAGUCUACACUGCAUGAAGUGCUAAACCACAUGAUUUCCAAACGGGAUCUUCUUGUGAAAAAGAAUGAUCUUUGAAGUGAAAGAUCUUUCAACUAAGACUAGUACAUCUUUUCUCAUUUGAAUACAGUGUUCCCUCGUUCAAACACGGCUCACCUUUCGCGGAUUCGCAGAGUUUUUUUGUGUGCUUUUCUUCUUUUUUUUUUGUUUACAGUGUAUGAAUGCUGUUCCAGGCCGAGCCUGGCCCUUUAAGAACAAUUGCAUUGUGGGAAGUUUCCUUUCUCCUCUGUCUCCUGAUUGGCUGUAGACCAUUGUCAAUCAAUCUCCUUUGUGCUCUGCCCUGCCCUGUGUCAUUGCUAGCUUGCUUGUUUGCUAGCUUGUAAAUGAAUCUUCGGUUCGAAAGCGGAAGACUGCAACAGGAGUGGAAUACACACGAGUGACUUAAUAAUGUAUUUUGUCCGACCUGUAGGUUGAUCAUUAAAAUUCAGAUGAAGGUUUGAACUUCUUUGAGUGUUUAAACAAGAGAGAAACGUGAGAAAAUGUUAUCGCCAGUCUGAGAAAAGCACAUAAAGUGGAUGGUUACAACAAUCAACAUCAAACAAUUUAAAUAACCACAGUUUGCACACAAUGACUGAAUACAUAAGCUACAUUUACACUAUGAAAUAACGAUAUACAAAAACUAAAUCAAAUAAUCAUAUACAACAGCUAUUUGAAAUACCUAUGUAAACUACUGUGUAUGUAAAACUAUGUACAAAAAUGUAUUAAUAUCAAUUGACCAUUGCUUUACAUUUGAAUCAAUGUGAGCAUUUCCAUUUUAAGAGUUUGUAGUAAUAACUGCUUUUAAUAUAAUAUAUAUUUUUUGGCACCCCCCGGAGGCCACUGCACCCUCAGCAAUGGGCCAGUGCGCUCAGGAUGUACAAUAAAUGUUCAAAUCCUGAUCAUCAAGUAUUUAUGAGAGUAAUACAUAGGUGAACUAUAUAUUACAUGUGGCAUGCAUACAUAUAAUGGAUUUUCAUGCAAUUAGAUACAUAAUUAAAAAGCAAUAUUGUGGCGUAUUUCUACAUUGGUGUCA